UGUCAUUGUCAACAAAUGUAAGUAACACCUACCUACCACAUGUUGAUGUUGAGUUAAUUACGAAUAAAUAUUGAUAAUAGUUAAAAUUUUUCACAUGCCCAUUUUUUCGAAUUCGAAUAAAUUAUGGCUAAAUUACACAAUUACUACGUGUUGUGCCCCUUGAUAGAUCAGAAAAGUUUUCUCGGGGUAUCAAAAGAUAAAGAAAGCGAGUUUGUUAUAGUUACACUGGCACGCAAUGUUGUAAAUAAAUAUAGGCUUUCAGAUCAGAAGCAAGUUGGUGGAUGGACAUCGAAGGAGCACAUUACUGCGCCGGUCAUUUACGAUAUCGACCAAGACAAUUAUGUCGGCGUUUUUAAUAAUAACACCAUUAAACUUUGGAACAAAGACUCACAAAAUUUAGACAAAAUUAAAAAAUUUAAGUUUCCACUGAACAUUCUGAAAAUCACACCACGAGAAUCACAAACUCCACUUAUUAUAUUUUGCAAUGGGAACUGCGCAUCUUUACCAUAUGCUAUAGAAAAUCGCAAAACUUAUGAAGGCAAAUCAUUGCUGAAAGAUGGUGAAGAAGUCAUUGAUUCUGGUUGCUAUUCACUGGGCAGAACAGACCACAUCUGUUACCUCGUUAAGGAAGGUGCUGAUAACUAUGAAAUUGUCAGCUGCCCUAUUCGGGAUGAGCUGGGAGAUUUGGACAAGUCCAAACUUAGCCGGGUGAAGGUGGCCCGAGCUAAUGUUUGUGUGGUGGGAGGAUUAGUCAGCACAUCUGAGAAACCUUCUGUGUUCUUCUUAUGGUCAGACUCCAAACUAGCUGUAUAUGACUUAAUCAAGAAAUCAUGGAAAACUGUUGGAGCAGUGCCAUGGGUGUCGACAGUGAGCGCCGUUUCCCUCGCAUGGAUGGGUAAACAUCAUCUCAUCUUAUUUGGCAACAACUCUGAGCAGGACGGAGCGGUCAUUGUAGUGUACAAUACUAUGCUGGGCAUCGGGUCAUGUAGGUAUCCCAUGAAGAUGUACUCUGAAGGUGCAAGACUAUACUGCAUGAACGGGCGCAUCGUUCUCGAAGCUUCCAAUCACAUCGGCAUGUUGCCUUAUGUAUUAGAAACAAAAAGAAACUUGUCAAACCUGUUAGGGUCUCAUGAGAUCGUAAGAGAUGAACAAAUGGAGAUAGCAGAAUGGGACUCACCAGCACCAAACAUAGAGAGCUGCAAGGAAAUAAAAGAACUUGUAAGUCCGGGCAUCGCAGAGAGAGCUAUCUGCUCUCAUGUAAUUCCUAAGUUGUUGGAGAACAAAAACAAACUGAGCAGCAUAUUGUAUAUUUUAAAAUCAAUCAGGGAUGUUCCUGAAUCUGUUUUGGUAAUGCUACUCCACUAUGGCAUAAAGCAGAUGAAUCCUGAAGAAUUGGAUGUGACAGAUGAGAAAGCUUGUGCUGAAUUUUUCGUCAUUCGGACAAAACAGAAGCAUUUUUUGAAUCAGAUAUUGAAAUUAGAUUUUAGUGAUGCUCUUCUCAUUCCAUACCUCAGAGAAGGUUUGUCACUGAACAGUACACUGUUCCUGUUGAGUUAUAUAACCUGCUUGUUAAGUAAUCGUGAUGAUCACCUGUCCGUAGAAUAUGAGAGCAGAUUGUGUGAUUGGUGCAAUUUGAUCAUGGAUGCAUUCUAUCAACACUUUCUAAUGACGAAAGAUGAAAAAGUGGCACGGGUAUUAGAAAAUACAAUGAGAGUUUGCCAACACUCUGUAGAGCAGCUGUUGGCCAUCGACGAGUUACUGCCUAUAUUACACAAAGUAGUUUCUGGCAAUAUAAUGGAAGAACAAGAGGAAAAGUUGUCUUACGCUAUUGAAAUUAUGCAAAUAUAAAGUUUGAGUAAAAAUGGAUUUUGUUAGCAUGCACCUUA